AUGGCCUGCUCUGGUCAUGAAGACUUGCGCCCAUGCGGGCCAUCUUUCCCCUCAGAACAUUGUUGUCCUCGGAGGAGCUAUUGUCACACAGUUCUCCUUGGAAACGAUACAUCUCGUUCGUAUGCCACAACCAGUUGUCCUGGUGGGUCAAAUUGCGCUUUGAUCAAAACCAUUACCUGCGAUCCGAGUCAGUACAAUGCGACCCUACAUCCGGAAAGCCAGGUGCAUGUUGGGGAGACGUAUAUCUACAACAUUGGAAUUGACGUCUUUCGCUCUAAGCGCUACUUCCACGAACACGCCUAUCGCCACCGCGACUUCGAACUCGAUGCCUUCAUCGUCUCCUUCGCCGUCGCGCAGAAGCGGUAUCAUGGGUAUUGCACUUGCAGUGCUCUUGGUGGCCUUUUACUGGUUUCACUCAUCCUCCGAAUUGUUAUCGGAAGAAUAUCUGGACUACCGUUCAAAAUGCUCAGAACUGGGACGAAUGGACACGAAGAGAAUAUUUCAUGGGGCGAACCCGAGCUGGAAGACACCAUGGGCACACAGCAGGAACUUGUCCACGGAGAGUCAAGCACGGACAGACGUGCUCAUGAGCUACCCACGAGUCGGAACGUAAGCGAGCUUCCGGUUUGA